AUGGAGAGUAGAGCACAGAGACGAUUGGAUUCAAUUACCCACCACCUUGUUCUUCCAAUUCAAUCCAAUCGUGGCCUUCAAAAGGUUGUGUUAUCAAGUAAUAAUGGGGGAAACAAGCAUGAGGAGGCAGAGCCAGUGGUGAUAGGGGGCAUGGUAUUAGACAUUCAUGCCACUCCUUCCCUUCCUGCAAAUCCCAGAACCACAACUCCUGGCAAGGUGAGCUAUGUAUUAGGAGGGGUGGCGAGGAAUGUUGCCGAGUGCAUGUCCAAGCUGGGAGCAAAGCCUUUCAUGAUUAGCGCCUUGGGGCUUGACAUGGCAGGAAACCUAUUGUUGGAGCACUGGGAGUCUGCUGGGCUACCAACCGAAGGAAUUUGGAAGCACCAAAAUAUCGAGACUGCUGUUGUUUGCAGCAUACUUGAUGCCAGUGGGGAGUUGGCAACUGCUGUUGCAAGUGUAGAAUCUAUUGACAAGUUUCUAAGACCUGAGUGGAUUGAGCGGUUCAGAUGUAAUAUACGUUCUGCUACAGUGGUGAUGGUUGACGCAAACUUGAACCCUUCUGCUCUAAAGUCUUCUUGCCAAUUGGCAGCAGAAUCUAAAAUUCCUGUGUGGUUUGAGCCUGUUUCGGUAGAAAAAUCAAGAAGAAUCAAUUCAGUUGUCAAGUAUAUAAGUUUUGCUUCUCCCAAUGAAGAUGAACUUGUUGCUAUGGCAAAUACUUUAUCUGGUGGUAAUGUGUUCUGUCCUAUUGAAAGGGAAAGCAGCCCAAGUAAAUGUUCAAAAGGAAAGUUGUUUGAUAUGCUGAAACCUGCAGUCUGGGUUUUGCUAGAGAACGGCAUCAAAAUAGUUAUUGUGACACUUGGUCCAGAUGGAGUGUUCUUAUGCUCUAAAGGAGGACCAAGCCUUAUGAGAGUUGGUUGUGAGGGAAUCAAACCAUACAACUCGAAUGGAAUAUUGUUUAAAACUAUGACUGCAAGUUGUCCUCCAAAACCAUUUUUGAGUCUUCAGGAUUCUGAAACAAGCUCAUUCCUGUUUGCUGUGCAUUUUCCUGCACUUCCGGCAUCUGUGGUUAGGCUUACAGGGGCUGGCGAUUGUUUGGUUGGGGGUACAAUUUCUUCUCUCUGUGCAGGCUUAGAUAUCGUGCAGAGUGUGGCAGUUGGUAUUGCAGCUUCCAAAGCUGCAGUUGAGUCAGAGACCAAUGUGCCUUCUGCAAUUAAUUUGGCUGUCAUUGCAGAUGAUGCAAAGUCGGUAUACUCAGCUGCUGAAGUUGUAUUCCAUCAAUCAAUGCUGCAGCGAUCUCGAGCUAUUUGGCUCAAGGAAGGGGACCGAAAUUCCAAAAUUUUUCAUAAGAAAGCUUCGAAUAGAAAAAAGAGAAACCGGAUAAAAGGCUUUAGGGAUGAGCAUGGUGUUUGGCAAGAGAAUCCGGAAGGGAUUGAAGGGGUUGUCAUCCAAUACUUUCACAAGUUAUUCUCUCGGCAGGAACCAAACAUUUUGGCACAGGAGAUGGUUUUGCAGGCAAUUCACCCAAGGGUUAUGCCAGAGAUGAAUCAGAUAUUGCUUAAUCCGUAUUCGACUGAGGAAGUGAAGUUUGCCUUGUUUCAGAUGCACCCGUCGAAAGCCCCUGGCCCGGAUGGUAUGUCCCCUUUUUUCUUUCAGAAGUAUUGGGACCUUGUUGGUACAGAAGUUAGUCAUGCAGUGAUUUCUUUCCUUACUACAAAAGAAAUGCCUCAUGAUUUAAACUUCACCCAUGUGGUUCUCAUUCCUAAAGUGAAGGAGGUUCAGGAUAUGUCUCAAUUAUGCCCCAUUGCAUUGUGUAACGUCAUAUACAAGAUUGCAUCGAAAGUUCUAGCUAAUCGUCUGAAACAAUUCCUUCUUGAGAUUAUCUCACCUCAGCAAAGUGCCUUUGUUCUUGAUCGAUUAAUAUCUGACAAUACCUUAGUGGCGUCAGAACUAGCUCAUUAUAUGCAUGUUCUGAGGAGGGGACAAGAGGGUUUCAUGGCUCUGAAGCUGGACAUCAGUAAAGCCUAUGAUCGUUUAGACUGGGAUUUUUUUGGUGAAAAUAAUGACCAAGAUGGGUUUUGCCUCUCAAUGGGUGGAGUUGAUCCAAUGCUGCUUGUCCACAGGACGGUAGUGGGUCGGCGAGAAGGCUUGGUAGAGAGAGAAAGGUGGCAGCAGCAGCAGCAGCAGCGUCUUGACGGUGGCAGGGACGGGGUGAGUCGGGUGAGAGAGAAAGGUGACCCAGAUCUGAGGCUUGGUGCAAGAGAAAGGGAUGAGGAGCUUGUUGGCGACGAGGACGGUCUGCUAUAUGCUAGGGCUUCUCUACAAGAUUGUGCCCUUAUUCGGCAGAUUCUGAAUGUGUAUGAAGAUGCUUCGGGCCAACAGGUUAGUUUGCAGAAGAGUAGUGUGACUUUCAGUGGCAGUGUGCUUCCCAUUUUACAACAGAGUUUGGCUAAUUACCUUGGUAUGCCGAUUGUGGCUGCCCAUGACAAACACCUGGGUAUCCCAACUCGAGUGGGACGUUCUCGAAAUGAUACUUUUGCUUAUAUCAAGGAUAACCUGACAAAGAAGUUAACAGGGUGGAGAACGAAAUUAUUAAGUGUGGCUGGGAGAGAAAUACUGAUUAAGGUAGUAGCUCAAGCAGUGCCAUUGUAUACUAUGAGUAAUUAUUUAUUGCCACAGGGAAUGAUUCAGGAACUCCAUCAACUUUGUGCCAAAUUUUGGUGGGGUGGAACAGAUGAGAAAAGAGGAAUGCAUUGGAGGGCUUGGGAUGCUUUAUGUAAACCAAAAGCGAAAGGAGGUAUGGGUUUUCAUCAUUUGUUUGCUUUUAAUUUGGCCAUGUUAGCUAAACAGGGUAGGCGACUGCUACAAUAUCCUUCCUCGCUACCCAAUCAGUUGUUGAAAGCAAUAUAUUUCCCCCAUUGCAAUUUUUGGAAAGCUGAGCUAGGAAAGGCCCCCUCGUAUGCAUGGAGGAGUAUUCUGGAAGGGCGGGAUACAUUGCGGAAUGGAAUCCAGAGGUUGAUUGGUGAUGGAAUGUCAACAAAUGUGUGGGAUGAUCCGUGGUUAAUGGGUGAGAACUUAUUGCCAUUUUUUUCUGAUACUGUUACUCGAGUCUCUGAUCUUUUUGUGAGCCCUGGAGUGGGGGAUGUGGUUUUGCUAUCUCAUUUAUUCCCAGCUCACAUUGUACACAAGAUUCAAGCAUUACCGAUUAGUAGCAGAAGUAACUCUGAUAAAUGGAUUUGGGCUCCGGAUAGAAAAGGUUUGUUUAUGGUAAAGUCAGCUUACCAUAUAGCGAGGACAAGGGUUUUAGAAGAUCAUGUCAUGGCUCUUAAUCCUUCUGCGCAAUUGUGGAAUAAGAUUUGGAAUGCUCCAGUUCCGGGUAAGGUAAAAAUAUGUGUAUGGAAAGUAGCUUCUAAUAUUCUCCCAUCACGAAGUCGGCUUAGUCAAAGAGGUAUUGAUAUUGACACCCAGUGCCCAUUUUGUGAUGAAGAAGUAGAAUCUCCUAUCCAUGCAUUGAGAGACUGCCCCCAUGCCGCAGCUUUUAUUCAGUUGGUGGAUGUUCCUAUACAGCUAGCCGAUACAAAUGCUCUUGACUGGUUAGUAUCCUCUUUGGAAAACUCUCCUUCUACUUUUGCUACUCUUAUGAUGAUUAUUUGGUCGGUUUGGAGGAACCAAAACGACCACGUCUGGAAUAAUAAUGCAAAGCAGGCUACUGAGGUAGUACCUCUUACCCUGCGUUGGUGGGAGGAGUUUAAAUCUGCAUUUGUGAAAAGAAGAGGUCGCAAUGUCUCACCUCGGGACAGAUGGAUCACACCUUCUUCGGGGUACAUCAAACUGAAUGUUGAUGCAGCCUACAACAAUGCAUCUUGUAUGGCUAGUUUGGGAGGGGUUUUCCGCGAUCAUACUGGUAGUUGUUUGGGAGUUUUUAUGCAAGGGUUAUUCUCAGCACACUCUGCACAUCAUAGUGAAUUAAUGGCAUUGUUGGUAGGAGUGCAGGUAGCGAUCCACCAUAAUCUCUAUCCUCUUUCCAUUGAGACAGAUUGCCUGGUCUUGGUUUCGGCCCUUACCAGUGGCUCCCUCGAUGAUUCUGAUCUUGGAUUCCUAAUUGAAGACUUGCGGGCAAGCUUGUCUACUAUUACUGCUCCAGUCCGGUUUAUGAGAAGAUCAGCAAACAGAGUGGCUCAUGUUAUAGCCAAAGAGGCUUUUAGUGGUCCUGCUAAUUUAGUUUUUACUAUUGAUCCUUCUCGUGCUGUGAGAGGGAUGCUUUCCUCUGAUUACUCUCGCGUACAAGACGUGCUCAAGCUACUAGAUGUUCAGGAAAGUAUAAGUUUGCUUGAUAGGAAUCGAAUAUGGGGAAUUGGUGGAAUAGGCAAGACAACAAUUGCUAAAGCUGUUUACAAUUCAAUUGCCCAUAUGUUUGAAGGGCCUAAAGGUUUGAUUAGUGUGACCGAUGCUAAUGAAGGAAUCAAUGUAAUCAAGGAUAGGUUGAGCCAGGAAAAAGUUCUCUUAAUUCUUGAUGAUGUGGAUCAUAUGGACCAAUUGAAAAAAUUAGCUGGGGAGUCACGUUGUAUCAGAAAGGAUCAUGAUGAAGCUUUGGUUGAAUUUGAAUAUUAUGAUGCGGUGGAAAGCUAUGGGGUUCAAGUAGCAAUGCCACAACAUGAUGAAGAUGACUCUAUGGAGGUAUUGGUCCAUGAAGUUGAUAAUGGGAAGUCCAACAACUUCAGUGAUGAAGACGAUGAAUUGAUCUCAGAAGAUGAAGACUUGAGAAAUCAAAGCGAUUUCGAUCGCAUGUCUCUGAAAGAGAGUCUCAUCUCUCACGUCCGAUCCAUCAAAUCAGGUUUAUCCUUACCCAUUUUCACCUCCAACCAACUCAUCCACCUUUACUCCAGACAUGGCCUCACCCAACACGCCCAGCACCUGUUCGACGAAAUGCCCCAUCGAAACGUCUACUCUUACAACGCCAUCAUCUCCACCCACAUCAAGUCACACAACUUGGACCGGGCCCGGCGGCUAUUCGACGCCGCUCCUUAUAAAGACCUCGUCACUUACAACUCUAUGCUGUCUGGCUACACUAGCACUGACGGUUACGAGGCUUGCGCGGUUGGGUUGUUUAGGGAAAUGCGGUUGCGGGAUGAUUGCGUCGGAGUUGACGAGGUUACUCUGACUACCAUGCUCAACUUGAGUGCCAAGUUAGAGACGGUUUGUAAUGGGAGGCAGUUGCAUUGUUGUAUGGUGAAAACUGGUAAUGAUUUGAGCGCUUUCGCAGUGUGCUCGUUGGUUGAUAUGUAUUCGAAGUGCCGGUGUUUUAGUGAUGCGUGCAGUGUGUUUAGUGGGUAUAGAGGGGCGGUUGACUCGGUUUCAAAGAAUGCUGUGGUGGCGGCUUGUUGUAGAGAAGGAGAGUUGGAAAUGGCGGUUGAUCUGUUUUGGAGAGAGGCAGAGAAAAACGAUGUUGUGUCUUGGAACACGAUGAUUUCAGGGUAUGCGCAGAAUGGUUGUGGAGAGGAGGCAUUGAGUUUGUUUGUUCGCAUGGCAGAAAGUGGAUUUCGAUGGAAUGAGCAUACUGUUGCUAGUGUUUUGGGUGCUUGCUCUGGUUUGAAGAACUUCCGACUAGGAAAGGAAGUCCAUGCUUGGGUGUUGAAGAAUCGAAUGAGUUCUAAUCCGUUUAUAAGUAGUGGCAUUGUUGAUGUCUAUUGCAAGUGUGGAAAUAUGGGUUAUGCAAAGUCAGCUCAUAAAGCAAUGGGAAGUAAAAAUCCGUUUUCAAUCACUUCAUUGAUCUCGGGUCAUGCCUCUCAAGGUAACCUAGUGGAAGCAAGGACACUUUUUGAUUCAUUAGCUGAAAGGAGUAUGGUUGUAUGGACAGCUUUGUUUUCUGGGUAUCUCAACUCACAACAAUAUGAAGCUGUAUUUAAGCUUCUGGGCGAAUUAAGGGAAAAGGAAGUAAUAGUUCCUGAUGCUUUGAUUCUCAUCAGUGUGCUUGGUGCCUGUGCAAUUCAAGCUGCCUUGGACCCUGGGAAGCAGAUUCAUGCUUACAUCUUGAGGAAUAACAUUGAAGGAGAUAAGAAAUUGUUCAGUGCUUUAAUUGAUAUGUACUCAAAAUCCGGGAAUAUUACUUAUGCAGAAAAGGUUUUCAAAGGCGUCUUUGACAGAGAUAUAGUUGUUUACAAUGUGAUAUUAGCUGGUUAUGCUCACCAUGGUUGUGAAACUAAAGCUAUCCAGAUUUUCGAAGAAUUGUUGAAGAGAGGUAUUAGGCCUGAUGCAGUCACAUUUUUAGCACUUCUUUCAGCUUGUCGUCACUCUUGUUUAGUCGGAUUGCGGGUACUCUUCUCCCCUCUCGGUUCCAACGUCGUCGUCCGCACUGCUUGCUGCUCUGUGGGGGUCGCUUUACCUGUUUACUCAACUUUUAAAGCUAUUGAGAGCAAAGAUCAUAACGAGCAGCAGCGCUGGCUUCUUUACUGGGCUGCGUAUGGAUCUUUCAGUAUCGCAGAAGUGUUUUCAGACAAACUUCUCUCCUGGGUUCCGCUCUACUAUCAGAUGAAGUUUGCAUUUCUGGUUUGGUUACAGCUUCCAACUGCAAAUGGGGCAAAGCAUUUGUAUAUGAGGCAUAUGCGUCCGUUCCUGCUGAGGCAUCAAGCACGACUUGAUCAAGUUGUUGAGUUUAUAUAUGCUGAAACGAGUAAAUUCAUCAUUUCACACCAAGGAGAAUUACUGUUUGCAAGGGAUCUUUUUAUGAAAAUUAUGGGCUCAGUUAGGGAACUUGUGCACCCAGGACGAAAACAAUCAAGUCAUGCAAUUCGAGGCCCUGAAGAACAAAGUGAGAACUCUGGAUCAGAUAAAGACGAUUAGAGUAUUCUUAGCAAGCAGGCAUUGUUUUUGCCAUGAUCAGUAUAGGUGUUCUUGGAUUUCUUGUUUCGCUCAGCCACAUAGAAUCGUUUGUGCAGAUUUUAUUUUAUGGUUCUUAUUCGGCCUUGUACAUAUUUCCCUUGUUAGUUUUAAGACCUUUAGUAAAUGACAUCUAAUUGUUUAUAUUC